AAUUCCAAAUCCAGUUUCUCAUUUCCGAUUCUCUCUCUCUCUCUCUCUCUCUCUCUCUAACUCUUCUGAAUCUAAUGGAAGAAGCUUGGGUCAGUACUUCUCUUGGAUUGGAUCUAAAUACGGAUCCUCAUCGCUCUAAUGAACUAAAUUUGGGAUUGGAGUUCAAUUUCAUGGACCCCCAAAAGAAGACCUCAACAAGCAUAAAAGAUGAGGCUGGGGAUCUUGAAGCCGAGUUGAAAAGAGUACGCAGAGAGAAUGAGAAGCUGGAAAUGAUGUUGGGGGUGAUGACAGAGAAUUACAUAACUCUGCAAAAUAAAGUAGCCCAGUUAGCGAGGGAAAGGGAGGAGAGAGAAGCAACCACAACAAAGAAAAGGAAGGAGGAAGCUCUCCAUAACACAGAUAGCAGUUCAAGCGAAGAAGAAUCCUGUAAAAAGCCAAGAGAAUCAGCUAAAAAACCUUGUGUUUCUAGGGCUUAUGUGCGCACUGAUCCUUCAGACCAUAGCCUUGUGGUCAAAGACGGGUAUCAAUGGAGAAAAUAUGGGCAAAAAGUUACAAGAGACAAUCCCUCACCUCGAGCCUAUUUUAAGUGCUCCUUUGCACCUCGCUGCCCAGUUAAAAAAAAGGUGCAAAAGAAGGCGGACGAUCCGACGGUCCUUAUGGCAACUUACGAAGGGGAGCACACGCACCCGCCUCCUACACCACACGAUUUGCUGACUCCUUUGACACACAACUUGCCCGUCUCUUUGCCUUCAACAGCUUUGCCAGUGUUUUCCGGUGCAAUUCCUCGGGAGGCUACAUUUCCUGUGAUUAAGCCAAAUUUUCGGAAAAUUGGUCAUGGUUUCGAAGAAAAGAUUGAUAGUGUUUGUGAUUUCCCGCAAUUGUUAAUACAACAAUUGGCUUCUACAUUGACAAAAGAUCCUAAUUUCAACACAGUGUUGGCAGCUGCCAUUACAGGACAUACAUCUUCACUUGGCAUGUCACGAAGAGAUCCAUGAAAUUUUAAUGGUUGGAAAUUACAAAUCAAAUUUUGGUGUAAAUACAAAUUUAGAGUGAACUAUUUUGUUAAUUGUGGUAUAAAAUGCUGCGUUUAGCGUCU